AAAAAUAUGUAUUGCUCAGCUCUGUAAAGAUAUGGUAGGGAUGUGAAUGCGAUAGAAGUAUGGAUGGCAUGUGGGUUUAUUUAAAAAAUGGGGUGAACGUGUCCCUUUGUCUCCUCUAUCUGCUGAGAAUAAAAUCUGCAAAGUUAACUGCCCUCCACAGAUGAAAUCCGAAGUCUGAAGAUUGGAAGGUUUGAUGACAAAUGGAUCUUAGCCAUGGAAAGUGUUGGAACACUCCAAAGGAAUCAUGGAAGAACAUCCUUCUCUUGGCAUACCAAAGCCUUGGUGUGGUUUAUGGAGACCUGAGCAUUUCUCCUCUUUAUGUUUACAAGAGCACAUUUGCGGAAGACAUAACACAUUCAGAAACCAAUGAAGAGAUUUAUGGGGUUCUUUCUUUUGUCUUCUGGACUCUUACUUUAGUCCCUCUUUUCAAGUAUGUCUUUGUGGUCCUUCGAGCUGAUGACAAUGGAGAGGGUGGUACUUUUGCACUGUAUUCUCUAAUAUGUAGGCAUGCAAAAGUGAGCCUUUUGCCCAACAGACAAGUUGCUGAUGAAUCACUCUCUACAUAUAAAUUGGAACACCCACCAGAGAAGAAAAUCACUUCAAAGGUGAAACUCAUUCUUGAGAAGUACAAGGCCUUGCAUACAGCUUUGUUGGUUCUGGUCCUUCUUGGUACUUGUAUGGUAAUUGGGGAUGGGCUGCUCACUCCAGCUAUUUCCGUUUUUUCUGCAGUAUCUGGGCUUGAGUUAUCCAUGUCCAAGGAGCACCACCAGUAUGCCGUGAUUCCAAUUACCUGCUUCAUAUUAGUGUGCCUGUUUGCACUUCAACACUACGGCACACAUCGAGUUGGAUUCUUCUUUGCUCCGAUUGUGUUGACAUGGCUUUUAUGCAACAGUGCCCUUGGCUUGUAUAAUAUAAUCCACUGGAAUCCGCAUGUUUAUCAAGCUCUUUCUCCAUACUAUAUGUUCAAAUUCUUGAAGAAGACAAGGAUAAGUGGAUGGAUGUCUUUAGGUGGAAUAUUAUUAUGCAUAACGGGUUCAGAAGCAAUGUUUGCUGAUCUUGGACACUUCUCAUAUACUGCCAUUCAGAUUGCUUUCACCUUUCUCGUUUAUCCAGCACUUAUAUUGGCGUACAUGGGCCAAGCUGCUUACUUGUCACAUCAUCACCACUCCAGUCACCAUAUCAGUUUUUAUAUAUCAGUUCCAGAAUGCGUAAGGUGGCCGGUGCUUGUCAUAGCAAUUCUUGCAUCUGUUGUGGGAAGCCAGGCAAUCAUCAGUGGAACAUUUUCUAUCAUAAACCAGAGCCAGUCACUUGGUUGCUUCCCAAGAGUCAAGGUCGUUCACACUUCUGACAAGAUACAUGGCCAGAUUUAUAUUCCCGAGAUCAAUUGGAUUCUCAUGAUCCUCUGCAUUGCUGUGACCAUCGGAUUUAGAGACACAAAACACAUGGGAAAUGCAUCAGGUCUAGCAGUGAUGACAGUUAUGUUAGUUACAACAUGCCUCACUUCUUUGGUGAUUAUCAUUUGCUGGAAUAAACCCCCUAUAAUAGCUCUUUUAUUUCUGCUCUUCUUUGGCUCUAUUGAAUUGCUCUACUUCUCAGCUUCACUCACCAAGUUCACCGAAGGUGCCUGGCUCCCCAUCCUUCUGGCCCUUAUCCUCAUGACCAUCAUGUUUGUUUGGCACUACGCCACCAUCAAGAAGUACGAAUAUGACCUCCACAACAAGGUUUCUCUAGAAUGGCUGCUAGCCUUAGGUCCGAGCCUUGGAAUUGCUAGAGUCCCUGGAAUUGGCCUAGUCUUCACGGAUCUCACUUCUGGUAUCCCGGCCAACUUCUCACGCUUUGUGACCAACCUCCCUGCCUUCCACCGCAUCCUUGUUUUCGUGUGUGUGAAGUCGGUACCUGUCCCCUUCGUGCCUCCUGCUGAGAGAUACCUUGUGGGCCGUGUUGGCCCUGAAGCUCAUCGAUCUUACAGGUGCAUUGUCCGGUACGGAUACCGCGACGUUCAUCAAGAUGUUGACUCCUUUGAGUCAGAGCUUGUCGACAGGCUGGUUGAUUUCAUCCGGUACGAUUGGUGCAGAGCACAUGGGGCUAACUCGUACAUUGAGGAUGAUCAUGUACCGCGAUCUAACGAGUCAAGCGAGUGCAGAUUAGCUGUGAUAGGGACAGUGGCAUUCUCCGGAGCACCAGCUUAUGAGAUUGAGGAGUCUGUGCAGCCAGAAAGCGUCUCAGUCGAUUUUCCAACCGUCGAGAGUGUAACAGACUUUAUUGAGAUGGAACCGGUUGGUGGUGCCAUUGGGAAGAGAGUGAGGUUCGCCAUCGAUGAGGAGUCAGAAACCGACAAUUCGAGGGUUGAGAUGCAAAUGCAGUUGCAAGAAGAGCUGGAAGAACUGUACCAAGCUCAACAGGCUGGUACUGCAUUCAUUCUGGGACACUCGCAUGUGCAGGCAAAGCAAGGGUCAUCAGUGUUCAAGAGAUUGGCCAUAAACUUUGGGUACAAUUUCCUGAGGAGGAAUUGUCGGGGCCCAGAUGUGGCGCUCAAGGUUCCACCGGUGUCCCUGCUUGAGGUCGGCAUGGUUUAUGUUGUGUGAGGCCACAUAUGUAAUUACCCCUUUUUUUCUUUUUGGUUAUUUUCUAUAGAGGAACUGAAGAGAGGUCUGCCAAGGAAAUAUUGUGAGUGAUUGCGCAGAUUUAGGAGGUUCUUAAUAGGAGUAAUUCUAAUCUUAAAUAGCAAUUCCAAGCCAGAGAAAAAAAGGAGCUUAAGAAAAAUUCCAUCUUAACUAUGAUUUUUGGAUCUACAGUUAAAAAAGAAGAGAGAGAGAGAUAAAAAAGAAGGAAAGAAAGAAAAACUUGUGUGUCAGCAGUGACAAAGUAUCACUAUUAUAUCAUGUUAUGCAGUAUUAAUAGUAGUUUAAGUAAAUGCAAUGUAAUUAAAGCUAUUAUGGGUUUUAGUCCAUAGAAAUAUCAUUCAUAAAACGGUUACCUCGUCAACAUCAG